UGGUCCCGGGCAGCCGCUCAGCCCCCUCACCCCUCGCCGCCCGCUGCCCGGACCCGGCCGAGGAUGCGGCACAGCGCCUUGGUGGCCAGGAUCGCUCCUUUCCAGUCCGCUUGCUAACUUCCCCGGCUCCCUCUCUGUCCGCCAGCGGGGCCGCCCCGUCUCCCCGCGGUCUCCCUAUCGGGUCCUUCAGGCGCGCCGGGCGCUGCUUCCGUGUGCCCCCUGCUGCCAGCCCGCGCGCCCGCGCUCUGCGCCCGCACCUUGCGCCAGCGCCCCGUCCUCGCCUGAUCAUGCUGCCCUUCUGCCUCGUGGCCGCGCUGCUGCUGGCCGCCGGGCCCGGGCCGAGCCUGGGAGACGAAGCCAUUCACUGCCCGCCCUGCUCCGAAGAGAAGCUGGCGCGCUGCCGCCCCCCCGUGGGCUGCGAGGAGCUGGUGCGGGAGCCCGGCUGCGGCUGUUGCGCCACUUGUGCCCUGGGCAAGGGGAUGCCCUGCGGGGUGUACACCCCCCGCUGCGGCUCGGGCCUGCGCUGCUACCCGCCCCGAGGGGUAGAGAAGCCCCUGCAUACGCUGAUGCACGGGCAAGGCGUGUGCAUGGAACUGGCGGAGAUCGAGGCCAUCCAGGAGAGCCUGCAGCCCUCUGACAAGGAUGAGGGCGACCACCCCAACAACAGCUUCAGCCCCUGCAGCGCCCACGACCGCAAGUGCCUGCAGAAGCACUUCGCCAAAAUGCGGGACCGGAGCAACAGUGGGGGCAAGAUGAAGGUCAUCGGGGUGCCCCGGGAGGAGGCCCGGCCUGUGCCCCAGGGCUCCUGCCAGAGCGAGCUGCACCGGGCCCUGGAGCGGCUGGCCGCCUCACAGAGCCGCACCCACGAGGAUCUCUACAUCAUCCCCAUCCCCAACUGCGACCGCAAUGGCAACUUCCACCCCAAGCAGUGCCACCCAGCCCUGGAUGGGCAGCGCGGCAAGUGCUGGUGUGUGGACCGGAAGACAGGAGUGAAGCUUCCGGGGGGCCUGGAGCCGAAGGAGGAGCUGGACUGCCACCAGUUGGCUGACAGCUUCCGCGAGUGAGCCCUACCAGCAGGCAGGGGGCUCAGCGCCCCCUGCUUCCCCUUCCCCUGGAGGCUGCAGAGCUGACCUGGAGCCUGGGUCUGAGUCCUGGCUCUGCCUCUGGCCCAGAAGUUUUCCUCGGGGUGUGUGCUGUAUGUGUGUGUUUAUGAGCAUGGGUGUGCCCUUGGGGUGAGCCGGAGCCUAGGGGUGUCCUUUUGGGGCUUAGGUAGCCUGAGAGGUCUGAGAGUGGCAAUGGGGAUCCCUGGUGUGUUUCCAAAUUGAUCCUGGAUUCAUUCAUUCAUUCAUUCAUUCAUUCAUUCAUUCAUCUAAAAACAUUUAUUGACUACAUAUUACAUGCCAGCUCUAGUUUUCAGCCUUGGGGGCUCAUAUUCUGACUUCCUCUGAUUUGGACAUGUGGGGCCACCUCCUACAAGAUGAGCACAAGUCUGUGGGAAAAGAGAAUUCCCACCCCCAUAAUCAGAGGAAGCAAGUAGAUAUGUACCUUGACCACUGUCCCUCCCCUCAGUCUAGUCCCAGUGGAGGCCGUAGGGAAGGUGUGGGGUAGCAGACGCUCAGUUGGUCAGGAGACCAGACCCUCUCCCACAGCUAAGGGCUGCCAGGCUCCUCUUCUCUUCCUCCCCAGGUCCCUCCAGGGGGAAGAACCUGCAGAGACAGGCCUGCUUUGGGGUUAGGUGUCCUGCCAUCUGCUUGUUGCCUGGCAACUGAGUCCCUGCUAUGGAAUAGGGAAGAGGCCAGAGGAAGGCCUGCAGGACCGAGGGCCGGGGUGGCGGGGCCCUUGUCUGAGCAGUCAGGGUGGGAGCAAAGAAUGUGUGAUGGGUUUGCACGUGCCUGUUGGAGGAAAGGACCAGCAUCGCGGGGUUGGGGGUGGGGAGAGAGUGAGGGGCUUGCCCGGGGUUCUGCUUCCUUCCCUUCGCAGCUGGAGCCAUGAAAUCACCAGGAUGAGUCCAUCCUUCAGUGCCUCACAGCCUGUGGCUCUGCCUUCUGCUCCACACCUCCUUCCUCCACAGCUCCCUCCCCUACACCCUGCCCCCUGCCCCCUGCCCCCGGGCAUUUUCUGGCCUGACUGGUUGGAAGGAGACUUAGGGACCUACCAGUUGGCCAUGUCUUGUCUUUUUUUUUUUUUUUUUAACAAAACAAAA